AAAUGAAAGGAUGUCUGGGCUAAGGCGGCUCUAAGCGAGCAAGAAACUGCCGUGCGUGCCGCCGUCUGUGGGUAGUAGUAGAGUUCAGAUUAACAGAAACCUUGAAGAAUGAGAAGAGGUGGACAGGACGGUCCGGCCGGAUGAGGUACGGCGCUGUAGCCUGCAGGGAAGGUAGGCCGAAAGCUAGCCGUCCGAAUGGUGCGCAUGAGACGAUGAGACUGCUCGACAAGGACAUUCAGAGUCAUGGUGGGAAGUUGGGGCUGCUGAGUGCUGGCGGUAUGAAGCUUGCAACUCUCUGAAUGAGAAAGAGCGCCAGAAAGGGCAGACGUACCCCGCGAUUCAAGUACCGGUCAGGAUGGAAUUCGCGCGGAGUGUUCUUCUAUUGCGUCCAUGUAGACUCUGUGUAUGGAAGUCUUGGAAGAGUCCAGCACUGCAGUGUCUCCGUAUAUCCAGCGAGUGUAUCUAUAGACAGAGACAUGACUGCUGCUGGAAGCUCUCGAAUCCAACGGAAGUACUCCGCAUCGGAGGAGAGACCAUGAUGCAGACAAUGGAAAUUAGACGGGUUGAAUUCUUGUGUACUGAAACUCUUCCAAGAAGCCUCAUUGCCCCUGAGGGGGUUUGUUGUCCGAAGCCCUCUGGCCAAGACCUUAUGUCCCUGGCUUCUUGCAGGGAUGAGACGGAAUUCGCCAUUGUCAAGCAACUAGGUCAGCCCGCCAUGGUGGCAUCACAUCUGGAGCCUGAAGGGGUCCGAAGCGAGCGGUCCAGAGAAAAGGGGGCUGGAUUGUGGCCAAGUCUCCAGGCUCAGGUCGCCUACAUCCCUUGUACUGUUUUCUUUAUAUUUCGCAUUUCCCUUCAUCCCAAGUCUGGUCGUAUGUGGCUGUUUGUCAGGAUUAAGAUUGAAUAUGAUCCUGGGGUUAGGCAUCCGUUUGCGACUAUGUAUCCAUAUUGGUUGUACUCCGUAGCAUCAUAGCAUGUGUCCGCACUCAGCAGGUAUCCGUAGGCUGCUCCAUGGCUCGGUUGGUCGUCCGGAUCAACGUGAUCAACGCGAUCAGCGGUGUCCGUAUGGGCGAGGGAAACAACAAGCUUGCUGUGCUCGGU